GGAGUCCAGACAUUAAGAACGGCUGCUUUCCAAUCUGAUGUCCGCAGCAUGGAUUCCAGACAUGGCGCAACAAAAAGAAAGGGUGGCCCAGUGGACGAAGGUGAUGAAGCAGUAGCCAAGGUCCCUCGACCCAGCGAGGCAGACGGCCCACCGGCAGCACAGAAUGGUGCACCGGGGCUGCUGGUGGCUGACCGGCCUCCAGCCACGGUGAUACACGAGGUGGCUCUACCUGAAGGCACAGUUCACCAGCCAAAGGCCCCCAAGCCAGGCAGCAAGCCUGCCAAAGAGUACCCUUUUGUGUUGGACCCCUUUCAGGCCAAAGCAAUUGAGUGCUUGGAGGCGGGGGAGUCGGUGCUGGUGUCGGCGCACACGAGCGCAGGCAAGACGGUGGUGGCGGAGUAUGCGAUCGCCAUGGCGCUGCGCGAGAAGCAGCGCGUGGUGUACACGAGCCCCAUCAAGGCGCUGAGCAACCAGAAGUACCGCGAGCUGGCGGAGGAGUUCCGGGAUGUGGGCCUCAUGACGGGGGACGUCACCAUCAAGCCAGAGGCCUCCUGCCUGGUGAUGACGACCGAGAUCUUGCGGAGCAUGUUCUACAAGGGGAGCGAGGUCAUGCGCGAGGUGGCCUGGAUCGUGAUGGACGAGGUGCACUACCUGCGCGACCGCGAGCGCGGCGUCGUGUGGGAGGAGAGCAUCGUCAUGGCGCCCAAGAACGCGCGCUUCGUCUUCCUGUCCGCCACCGUCCCCAAUGCUCGAGAGUUUGCCGACUGGGUUGCCAAGGUGCACUGCCAACCAUGUCACAUUGUGUACACCGACUUCCGCCCCACCCCCCUCCAGCACUACCUUUUUCCGGCCGGCGGGGAGGGCCUCUACCUCGUGGUCGACGAGCGCUCCAACUUUCGGGAGGACAACUUCCAGACCGCCAUCAAUGCAGUCGGGGCCGGCGCCGACGCCAAGAAGGAGGCGCGCAAGAAGGCCAAAGGCGCCGAGGGGGCUGCGCCGCCCGCAGGCCCGUCGGACAUUUUCAAGAUCGUAAAGAUGGUCAUGACGCGGCAAUAUGAUCCGGUCAUCGUGUUCAGCUUCAGCCGGCAAGACUGCGAGGCGCUGGCGCGUCAGAUGAUGAAGCUGGACCUGAACGACGAGGACCACCGCAAGGCCGUCGAGGAGGUGUUCUGGAACGCCAUGGACAGCCUCUCCGAGGACGACAAGAAACUGCCGCAGGUGAACGCAAUCCUGCCGAUGCUGCGGCGCGGGAUCGGCAUCCACCACUCGGGGCUGCUGCCCAUUUUGCGUGAGGUGAUCGAGAUCCUGUUCCAGGAGGGCCUCCUCAAGUGCCUCUUCGCCACGGAGACGUUCAGCAUCGGGCUCAACAUGCCUGCCAAGACCGUCGUCUUCACCAACGUGCGCAAGUGGGACGGCGACCGCUUCCGCUGGAUCUCCUCCGGGGAGUACAUCCAAAUGAGCGGCAGGGCCGGCCGCCGCGGCCUUGACGACCGCGGGAUCGUGAUAUUGAUGCUGGACGAGAAGAUGGAGCCUGCGGUGGCCAAGGGCAUGCUGCAGGGAAGCGCGGACAGUUUGGACAGCGCGUUCCACCUGAGCUACAACCUGCUGCUCAGCCAGAUGCGCUGCCCCGACAGCACGCCCGAGGCCCUGCUCCAGCGCAGCUACAAGCAGUUCCAGGCAGACAGGGCCCUGCCCGACCUCCAGGCGCGCAUUCUUGAGGUGGAGGCGGAGCAUGCGGGCGUGGCGGUGGAGGGCGAGGCGGAGGUGCGCGAGUACGCGGAGCUGCGGGAACAGCUGCGCAAGCUGCACCGCGACCACCGAAAGAUCGUCACCGCGCCGCAGCACGUGCUGCCCUUCCUGCAGCCGGGGCGCCUCAUCCGGGUGCUCUGUCCUCCAGCAGACGAGGACAAGGCGGACCCCCUAGCCGACGCCGCCGUGGUGUGGGGCAUCGUGACCAACUUCGAAAAAGUGGACACAGCCAAGGGCGACGCGGGGGAGGGCCGGCCGCGUCUUCCGCAGUACACGGUGGACGUGCUCGCGCCGUGCGUGCCCGACGAGACGGCGGGGCUGGGCCGCAGGAAAGUGAUGCGCCCCGUGGAGGAGGGCACGCCGGGAGCGGAGCCCACCGUGGUGGCGCUGCCGCUCGACCAGGUGGACGACCUGAGCAGUGUGCGCGUGUACAUCGCCAAGGACCUGCGGCCACUGGAGGCGCGCGAGCGCGCCGCGCGCGCCGUGGCGGAGGUGCUGCGCCGCUUCCCGGACGGCGUGCCCACGCUGGACCCCGAGGACGACAUGCAGGUGGACGGCAGCGCGUAUCGCAAGGUGAUGCGCAAGGCGGAGACGGUGGAGGCGCUGCUACAAGGCCAUGCGCUCGCGCGCAGCCCGAGCCUCCGGCCGCGGCUACAGGACCUGGCGCGCAAAGACGCGCUCGCCGCGCAGCUCAAGGCGAUGCGCAAGCAAGCCAAGGCCGCGCAGUCCGUCGUGCUCAAGGACGAGCUGAAGGCGCGGCGGCGCGUGCUGCGGCGGCUGGGGUACGCGACCGCGGAGGACGUGGUGGAGGUGAAGGGGCGCGUGGCGGCGGAGGUGAGCAGCGCGGACGAGCUGGUGCUGACGGAGCUCAUCUUCAGCGGCGCCUUCCAGGACCUGUCCGUGGAGCAGGCCACCGCGCUGCUCUCGUGCUUCGUGUGGCAGGAGAAGGUGCAGAACAAGGGCGCCGCAGCCACCAGGCUCAAGGAGGAGCUGGCGGGUCCGCUGAGCGCGCUGCGCGACAUUGCGGGGCGGGUGGGCAAGGUGGCGGAGGAGUGCAAGAUGGAGAUCGACGUGGACGAGUACGUCGCCAAGUUCCGGCCCGACAUCAUGGAGCUCGUCGCCGCCUGGUGCCGGGGCGCCAAGUUCGCAGAGAUCAUGAAGAUGACCGAGAUUUUUGAAGGCUCUCUCAUCCGAGCGCUUCGGAGGAUAGAAGAGUUGCUGCGACAACUGUGUGCAGCUGCGAAGUCCAUAGGAGAAACAGAGCUUGCCAGCAAAUUUCAAGGCGGAAUAGAGAGGAUAAAGCGGGAUAUUGUCUUUGCUGCAUCGUUGUACCUGUAAAUACGUAUACGAUUAAGCCUCAUAAGCAGUCAAGAAUCUGCAUACACCGUCCCUAAUUGCCAA